AUGUCGUACCUCGGCACCCUUGCCGUCAACUUUGGCCGUGUGGCCACAUUCAUUCAGGUGCUCUUCUACCUGCCUCUCGCGCUCGACAUCGCCGGCCAGGAUGCCUUCCUCGCGCUCUCGGCCUCGCUCGCAUCCUACUAUCUCUUCCUCUCCACCGUGCGCCUCCUCACCAAUGGCACCAGGCUAGCGUGGAUCGGCCAGACGCUCGCCGUCUUCCAGUUCAUCGUCGUCCCCGCCUGCCUUCUCGUCUGCUUCAACGUCUACUCGCCGCCCUCUGCCACCAUCUUCCCGCCGCGCAGACCCGACAGCCUCGACAAGACCGCGAGCGAGGCCAUCAGCAGCCUCUUCACCCGCAAGUCCAGCCGCACCGCCCACCUCGACCCAGAUGCGCUCGACGACCUCCACUCGCUCACCGGCGCCGCCUGGCUCGACCACCUCGUAUCCGCCUCGGUAGCCUUCUUCUUCUGGCUCGCACGCCGCGUGCCCCGCUGGUGGCACACGCUGCUGCGCAUCUCGAGCCCCUUCUUCAGCUUGCUCGAGGGCGUCGCUUCGCUGCUCGUCAUCCAGUCGCUCGCAUCCACCUCGCGCUGGAUCAUCGCCUCGUCGCUCACCGCGCCUUCUGCACGAUACCCGCCACGCGCCGGCGCAGCACCGGGCCAGUCGCAACCCAAGAGCGCCGCAUGGGUGUCCAACACGUUCAUCAUGCGCUCGCUCGCCUCGAUCGGGUUUGGCGCCAGCGAGGUGUGGCAGAUCUUCUUCCUGCUCGUCUCGGCGACCAUCUACGUCACCGCCGCCUUUGCGCUCUACGUCUCCUUCGACGGCGCCACCAAGGACCGCCCCGGCACGGCAGCGGCCAUCGCCACCUCGGUCACCUCGACGCUCUGGCUCACUGCUAUCGCGUUUGCCAUGCGCAAGGGCAACGUGAUCGAGACGAGCCUCAUGUUCGCCUACGUGGUGUUCAACAUUUACCAGCUCGGACCCAGCCUGUCGUUUACGCCCGAUCCCAUCUCGCUCAUCCGCAGCUUCAAGGUGGACACGCACGCGCGCACGUUUGUCGACAAGCUGCCACGCUCGCUCCAGGCCUCGCUCACGGGCAAGCUGCUCCAGGCGGCGAGUGGGCUGGUCGAGGUGAUUGCGCACUGGCUCGGGCAGUCGGUCGACUUUCUGCACGCCGCGGCCGCCGCGCUGCCCAAGUCGGUGAUCGUGUCGCUCGUGUACAGGCUCAUGGUGCUGUAUGCCGCGAGCCGCAUCCUGCCCAUGCUCAAGGGCAGUGUGGCGCCGCGCGAGCCGGCGGAGCGCGAGCACGGCGCGGCGCAGUGGGGCCGCGCAGCCCAUCAGGCGGGGGAGGACGAGAGCGACUGGAGCAGCUUGUCGGGUACAGAGUCGGAUAGCUCGUCCGAAGAGGGUACCGAGGUGGAGGAGCUCGAGGAGGAGGUUUGGGACGAUGAUGAGGGGCGGUGGGUGCUGCAACGGCGGCGGUUGAGGCGUCGGACGCGAAGGCGCACGCCCAUGGACGCCGCCAUCGACACCGAGAGUGAAUCGGACACCGAUGGCGCAAAGUACUCGGAGGACGAUAGUGGCAUCGCGUACCACGAGCCGUCGCUCGCCGACCAGCUCAAGGAGCCCGAGCCGGGCAUCGAGGCAACGCUUCAGUCUGCGCCGUCAGCUGCGGCGAGCGGGGCAGGAGCGGGGCGGGCACGCGGUAAGGCUCGACGUCGACGUCGUGGUGCACCGCGCGCUCCCGCCGCGUCGCAACCAGAGGCGACGCAGGAGGCGGUUGGUGGGUCGAGUGGGGUGCGCAAGCGGCCGAGCAUGUCGCGUCCGCCGUCUGCACGCACGCACAAACGCGCGCGCCCGACCACGCCCACUCCGCCCUCGCCGCACGCAGCUGCGGCGGCGGGCGAAACGCCGCCGUUUGGUUCGGCCAUCUCGAUCGUCGUUUCCUACUCGCGCCUCAUCCUGAUCGCAGUGUACAGCCAUCUGCUGCUGCUCGACCAGGCGAAUCAGAUCUACUGGCGUUUCCUCACCGUCGCCAUCACGCUGCUGCUGUGGGGACUCGAAAUCGUCAUUGCCACCGAAGACGUCGUCGUCGGCGGUGUAGGCGAGCUAGGUUCCGCCGCCACACGUUCGUAA